AUGAGAUCAAACUCAACAGCUUAUACACCAUAGAAUCCAGAAAUCUUUCACAAGGGACACAUCCAUUUCUUCGAUUUAUUGUCAUCAUUUCAUGGUUUGGAGGAUCAACCUGACUACCCAGUUUAAUAACAAACAAUUUAGGAUAAGCUAAGACAUUAAUAUCUCCACGAUAAUAAUUGGGAAGAUAAAUUAUGCUAUAGAACAUGCUUCAAAAUUCAAGAGAAAGAGUAUGUUUAAUUCUGUUUGAACAAGAAAUGUUCAGGCGCUCCUUAUUUAAAGGCAGCUCAAGUUUUGGGAUAUGUUAAAUCUGGAAAUCCUACACCCAAAGCUCACGGUCAUCACCAUCAUUGAUAUAGAUAUAGCAUUUACACAUAAUAAUAAUAAUAUAUCGAAGUUGAUUA